CAACAUCGAUAUCUACAUCUACAACAUUAUUUAAUUCUAAAAUGAAUAAUAAAAUAAUUAAUAGAAAUGGUAAAGAAAAAUUGGAUGUUUUUGAAGAAGAAAAUAUUAAGUGGCCGAUUGAUGGCGAAUCCUUUUCACAAAUGUCUACAAAGGAAAUACAACAUUUACUUGCUGAACAAUUCAAUUCAAAUAAAAAUAAUUUUGUAAAAAAUAAAUUUCCUCUAAGCUUUAGCAAAUUGUCAUGUGAACAAAUUACUUUAAUUAUUAAGGAACUCCAAUUAAUUGGCCAUAAAGUCACCUUUGUUGGAGAUGUCCAAAAUUCAAUAAACGAAAGUCAGGCAAUUAAACAAGCAAAUUUAAGUGUUGGAAUAAUUAAUUAUUCUAAUAAACUUAACAAUUAUUCCUUCAAUUCUUUUGAUGUUUUAAUUAAAUGUUUGGAAGAUGGAAGUGGUUUAGUUAAAUUAAUUGUUGGAAUAAAAGAAUUUGGAGUUGGGAUGAAAAUAAAUUUAAUUAGGUCAUUGUCUUUGACACUUUCCCAGGCGCCAGCUAUUUUAUUACCUUUUCUUCUCAGCCCAUUAUCCGACAUACCACCAAUAAUUUUACCAAUACAUAUUGUGUUAGUUGCUUUUCUCUUCCAAUUACAAUAUUGUAUUGGAUUUGCUUUUACUCCUUUUGAUUUAAAUAACUACCAACAUUCUCUACCUACAAUUUAUUUUAAUUUAAUAUUGGCUAGUCCAUUGCUUGCAUUUUCUUCAUUAUUUAAUUAUUGGAAUACUUUAUAUUCCCAAAAUAUUUAUUUAGAACCCAAUAAUGAUGUUAAAGAAUUUUUUUCUUUUUUCCCGAUUAAUUCUACAAUUUCUUCAACAAUUUUACGACAACAAUUAAACCUUAAUGAGGCCUCUACAAUUUGGCUUUUUACUUUACUUUUUACCCAACAUUUACAUAUUCUGAUUUGUAUUGGGUUUACUAAUGUGCUUUGUGGGAAUGUUCUGAAAAGCCUAAAAUUAAUUAUUUUAUGGAUUUGUAUAUUUUUAUUCAACAUUUUGUUAUUGUUUUUAUUUAUUUAUUUGCCUGGAUUGCGCAACUUUUUCCAAUUAACCCCGCCUUCUUCACAAAAUUUUUGGUGGUGGAUUGUGAUUGUAAUUGUGGGGGUUGUUUUUGUGUUUUUGAAUAUUGUAGGUUAUUUUAAAAAAUUAUUUUUGAUUUUUAAGGUAAACAAAAUCUUUAAAAAAAGAAAUAAAAAUCAGAAUUAUACAAUUAAAUAA